AUGAUUUAACCUUAAGGUGGUUUUAAAUGUAAUUCACAUUUAUAAACUGUAAAAUUUGUUCUGAUUACAAGAAAUGCAAAAUUUAUGCUUUAAUGCGAAUAAUGUUUUUAGGAAAUGGAAGGUGAAAAAAAAGCAUAAAACAUAGCAGAAAUAAUAGAUAAAACUAAAAAAAGGAAGUAAGCAGAAUUCGAAGAGUAUUAAAAAAAAUUAUAACCUGAAUUGCAAACACUUGAUCAAUAUCAAGAAUAUGUUUCUAAAUUAGAGGAUUCUAUUAAAGAAAUAAUUAAAAAAUUAAAUAAGGAUCUUAUUAGUUGGAAGGAGAAUUUAUAAUAAAAGUUAGAUGACAAGUCUAAAUUUGACUUUAUUAAAGAACUAGAGAAUGAGUAGCAACAUCAUAUUGAAAUGAUAGAUGAUUUCUUACAAUCAAAAAGAUCUGACUAUACAGAUAAAUUAGAAUAAAGUUUAUUAGAUUUAGAAUGUAUAUUAACAAAAAGUCCAUAAUUAAAUAAAUUACGUUCAUCCCUUAAUCCAUAGAAUAAUAUAUAACGAUCACCUAAGAAAUAGUUUAUGGGGAAUAACAUGAAAAUUGAAAUUAAAAAAUAAUCUGGAAUCUAAAUUGUAUUUAAAGGAGAAGACUCUGAAAUCUUAGAUGUAUUUUAGGGAUUGUAAUAAAAGUAAGAAAGAAAAAUAACUUAUAAAAAAUAAAAUAAAACAGUUAGUUAACCCAUUUACUGUGAAGUUAUUUCAUUUAACAAAGAUGACUCCAUAAUUGCUACUGCUUGUGAUAGAGAAAUUAAAUUAUGGAAAUUUUAGGAUGGAAAUAUUAGUGAUCUUCUUUAUAAUCUAAAUGAGCAUACUUAAACAGUUAAAACUCUAUUAUUCAGUAAAAAGAAAAAUUGGUUAUUCUCUGCAGGAAAGGAUCUUUCUAUCAUUUUAUGGAAGCCAAAAAAAAUGUUAUUCAACAUUAAUAUAACUAAAAAAUAAGUUAACCCUUAAUCUCAUAGAGACCAGAUUAUAUUUCUUGAGUUGAACGAAAAGGAAGAUUAAUUAUUUUCUUGCAGCAGUGAUUGCAAAAUUUUAGUUUGGGCAGUAAACUACCAAAGGAAUUUUAUUUAACUUCUACAAUAUUUAGAAAAACAUGCUGCCCCAGUAACCUAGGUUAGAUUAAAUUAAAGCAAUACUUUAAUGGUGUCUAUUUCUUUGGAUUAAAAAAUAAUUAUUUGGGAGAAAAAUGAUUAAUAAGAAUGGAGCUUCAAAUAAUAAAUAGUAGAUUAAGGUGGAUGCACCGUUAAUUUUUUAAAUGAUUAAACUAUAGUUUCGAAAACGUAUAAAGGAUAAAUUCAUAUCUUUAGCGAGAUGGAAAAGUAGUUUUACAGGAUUUCAAUUAAAUAACUAAGUGAGCUUAAUGAAUAAGAUGGAGAAUAUUAACCAUCAAUAUUUUAUUCAUAGUAACAAGUUCUAAUUUAAAAACAUUAUAAAACUCUUUAUUUCUUAACCAUUGACAACUUAAAUGAUAUUACAAUUUCAGAUUAAAAGAUUGAAUUAGAAGAUGAAAAAAUUAUUGCAAGCUUAUCAAAUAGUGGUAAACAUUUAGUUGUAUGGUGCAAAGAAUAUUUUAGAGUUUAUGAACUUUUUUAUAAUUGA